UGACACAAAGCGGAGUGUUGAAGUGAAGUGUGGCGAUGGAGAACGCAAUGGAAAAGAUACAUCUUCAGAAAUAACGGAAGGAAAACAAAUAUCUGUAAUAACAAUGAAAGCUCGGAGGUAAUCAACGCGCACCUGUGACUACUGUUCACUCCUAUUGUGCCACGCCCUCCGUUCUGCACACAUCCUUGAUUACGACGGUUCCGAUCAAAACUAGUUCAGAUGAAAAUAUGGGCUGCUUCACUACCAGGCACCAAGGUUCAAAGAAUCCUGAACGGAACUGGUUUCAGAACCCAUCGCCUGCUGGUGUGAAGGGGAACAUUCUGAGUCUCUGAGAUGUUUGGAGCAGUGAUGGAGUCAGGAUCAGGGUUGGGAACAACUUGGUAGAGUUUAGUGCACUCUGGCAACCUGAAGACACAGAAGAACACACACACACACACACACACCCAGGAAGCAGUGAGAAUAGGUGUGAAACUCACUAUCACAGUGUGUGUUGAGGUCAGUCAGACUGCGAUGAGUCCUGAAGCUCCUCUGAAGCUCCUCUGAACUCAGCAGACCUGAGGUGAGCAUAGUGCAGCGUGAUGGCGGGGAACGUGCGCUCCUGGACGGUGAAGCACGUGGGCCGCUGGCUGCGUGAUGAGGGCUUCAGCGACUACGUGGAGCUGCUGUGUAAUAAACACCGCCUGGACGGCACCAGCCUGCUCACGCUGACUGAGUUUGACCUGCGCUCGCCGCCGCUCGAGCUCAAAGUGCUCGGAGACAUCAAGAGGCUCAUGCUGUGUGUUCGCAAGCUACAGAAACAAAACGCCAACGUGCUGGAGGAGCUCGGCUUCGGCCAGGACACACACUCCCCACAGGGGGGCACUGGGGUGGAGUGGCUGUGUAACGGGGACUCUGUGCGGAACCGGGACAGCGUGAGCGACGUUCUCGGAGGUGAACAGUUCUACAGUAACGGAAAACACAAACAGCAGAAUCGGCGUUUGGACCCGGAGUACUGGAAAACAACGCUCAGCUCCGUCUACGUCACACUCGUCUUCGGCUUCACCUCCUUCGUCAUGGUGAUCGUUCACGAGCGUGUACCUGACAUGCGCACCUACCCUCCACUGCCCGACAUCUUCCUGGACAGUGUACCCAGAAUCCCCUGGGCCUUCGCCAUGGCUGAGGCGUGUGGAGUCGUCCUGUGUAGCGUCUGGCUACUCGUACUGCUGCUACACAAACACAGGUCUAUCUUGGUGAGGAGGAUGUGUAGUCUGAUGGGAACAGUGUUCAUGCUGCGCUGUGUCACAAUGUUUGUCACCUCACUGUCAGUACCAGGACAACACCUGCAGUGUACCGGCAAGGUGUAUGGUGACGUGUGGGCAAAGCUGCGGAGAGCGGUGGCGAUAUGGAGUGGGUUCGGGAUGACUCUGACUGGAGUUCACACCUGUGGUGAUUAUAUGUUCAGUGGACACACCGUCGUCCUCACCAUGCUCAACUUCUUCGUCACUGAGUACACUCCCCGGAGCUGGAACUUCAUCCACACUCUGUCGUGGGUGUUGAAUCUUUUCGGGAUCUUCUUCAUCCUGGCAGCUCACGAGCAUUACUCCAUCGACGUCUUCAUCGCGUUCUACAUCACCACGCGUCUCUUCCUGUAUUACCACACCCUCGCUAACACGCGUGCCUACCAGCACAGCCGCCGUGCCCGCAUCUGGUUCCCCAUGUUCUCCUUCUUCGAGUGCAACGUCAACGGCCCCGUCCCUAAUGAGUACUGCUGGCCCUUCUCCAGACCCGCCCUGCUCAGGAGACUCAUCCGAUAGCACACACACACACACACACACACACACACACACACGUGCGCAGUGUGUAAAUAGUGAUGAUGUACAUAAGACACUGAAACUGUGUUUACAAGCUCGUCUGCAUUCUGUCCCAAACCACACGCCAUGUUCACCAUGUAGGCUACAGACUCACCACUAUCAGUACACUGUGGGCGUGUCUCAAACCACACGCUCUAUUUACGACACUAUGGGUACACUGUGGGCGUGUCUCAAACCACACACACUAUUUACUACACCACUAUCAGUACACUGUGGGCGUGUCUCAAACCACAUGCUCUAUUUACAACACUAUGGGUACACUGUGGGCGUGUCUCAAACCACACACACUAUUUACUACACCACUAUCAGUACACUGUGGGCGUGUCUCAAACCACACGCUCUUUUCACCAUAUAGUCCAUUAAGUCACUCCCCCUGUGGGUUCGUAUUCUAAAGCCCGUACUGGUUUAGUUUGUGCUGCAUGCCUUUUUUUUUCCAGAUUGCUCAGGAUUAAAGGUGCAGUAAGAAUAAUUAUGUACAGUGUAUAAUAAUUGCUUAAACUAGAAGAAAUAUUAAAGCUGCGCUCAGCAGCUCGGCGUGAUGACGUCAGUUUUGUGUCCAAAACUUUGAGUUUGUGGUGACAGUUUAACAAAAUUCCAAGACCAAUCAAAAUAAUAAUAAUAAUUAAAACAUAAAUACAGAAAGUAAUCCAAAACUAUAAUGGUCCAUGACGAAACGGAGGGGUCACUGCAGCUUUAAUCCGUUUCAGGAGGGAGGAGUUUCAGACGCGUCGUUCUUUAAUAAGUAAAAAUGUAUAAUUGUUGGAAUAUUGCUGCGGUACAGGAGGAAUAAAGCACUGUGGGACCUGCUGUUUAAGGAAAAUCAUCAACUGUGGGGUGGAAAAAAUAACUCCACUGCAUCCGGUCGCGUCACACCACACCGUCUGGGAUUAUUUUCCUUUAUCAGCACGGCACCAAGUGUUUUAUUCCUUACUUAAUAAAUCUACACUCCCUGGCCACUUUAAUAGGAACGUGUUGUUGGUUCUAAGAUCGCUGUUCUUGGCUGCAGGAGUGGAACCCAGUGUGUUCUUCUUUCUGCUGUUGCAUGCUGAGAUGCUUUUCUGCUCACCACGGUUGUAAAGAGUGAUUAUAUGAGUUACUAUAUCCUUCCUGGAAAAAAAGCUCAAACCAAUCUGUCCAUUUCCCUCUGACCCUCUCUUAUCAACAAGGCGUUUGUUUCCACCCACAGAACUGUCGCUCACUCACUCGAUGGUGUUUUUUGUUUUCCGCACCAUUCUGUGUAAACUCUAGAGACUGUUGUGUGUGAAAACCCCAGGAGGAGAUCAGCAGCUUCUGAAAUACUCAAACCUCACACUCAUCUGGCUCAAACCAACACCCAUACCACAGUGAAAGAAAGAAAGAAAGUCACACUUCACUGUGAGAUCACAGUUUUCCCAUUCGGAUGUUUGAACAUUGUGAACAUUAACUGAAGCUCCUGAUUUGUAUCUGCGGGAUUUGAUGUCGAGCGAGCGGCUGAUUUAGAGAACUGCACAAAACAGAACAGCAGGAGGAUGGAUGGGUGUUCUUAAUAAAGUGGCCGGUGAGUGUAGAACUAAAUAUUUCCAAAAGAAAGGUUCAGAAAUAUUUUUGAGAUAAAAGCAUUAACACAUAAUAAUAACAGUAACAGUCCUACUUAUUUGUUUGAGUUAUAAAAUGAAUCAUGUGAAUUUACCGUUCUACUGAUUUUAUUUUUCUGGACUCGGACGCAGCGGUUUACAUGUUGAAUAUUGUACUGAUUGCACCUUUAAUAGAAGCUGUAACUCGCAGUGAGAGUUCAGCUUCCGCUCUUUAAUGUAAAUGUGUAUAAAUAAGAACAAACUUCCUAAAGCAAUAUGAAACAAUGCUUCCUCGACUAGUUUACACUUUCACACUCGGCUGAGGGUCGUUUUUAUUGCCAUGCGUGUCAUUUGUGCAAAAAAAAACCACCACAGCAGUGUUCGUUUUUUCAUUUUAAAGUCGCAGAAAGGUUUUUGUUUAUUUUUUUUUCUUGGUUACAAAAAUACUAAAUUCACCUUCGAUUGAUGAUAAAAUCGUGACUCGUGAAUGAUUUUCCUGAGUUCACAUCGGCAGAAACUGCCACGUCAGAACACUUCAGCACAAACAGAGCCUCAGAAAUAAAUCUGACACGAUGAGAAACAAACAUAGAUAGAUAGAUAGAUAGAUAGAUAGAUAGAUAGAUAGAUAGAUAGAUAGAUAGAUAGAUGAAUGCUUUCUUUGCUGAUAUUUGUAGUUUUAGAGCCGGGACUGUGUUCAACAUCUCAUUUUCAAGUAGAAUUAAUUAUUAUUUUUAAUUCUUAAAAAUGCAAAAUGUAUUCAGGCAACAUACACAGACCAAAAAUGCUCUUUGGUGUUUAUUAUGAAUUUUUCCUUUUUUCUUUCUUUUUUCUUUUUUUUUUAAAGCUGGGUGACCAAAUGUAUGUAAACUAAUAGUAUUGCAUGUCUUUUUUUUUUUUUUUAAUUUAUAUACAUUUUCUCGCUUUGCUGUCAUCAAACUUGGGUGAAAAUGAAAAUUUGCCAAAAUGUGGGAAAAAGAGAGGUGAAUUUUUGUCUAAAUUUUCAUCGCAGGUGCCCAUAGCGCGCUAUUUCAUGUUUAAAACGUUAUGUGAAUACUUAUGGUUGUGUUUAUUUCAUAGAGUUUACUAAUGUUUACAUCUUGACUAAAUAUCUCGCUCUCAAUAUCUUUAUUGUUCAAGUUGUUUUCAGGAAGUAAUUAAUCUCGUCAUCAUGUCUUGCGAUAACGUGCCAUCGUCCCCUCACAGUUCUCAUUGUUUAUAACGAACAGAACGGUUGAGUUUCAGUUCCACAGCACGCCAUCUUUCGCAGUGAUUCAGCCUGGGUGUCUUUACUUUCGCACCUUUUUCAGUAAAAUGGUAGCUUUUUACAAUGUGGUUCUGAUCCUAGAACUUAAUAAGUGAUGUGUUUGUAGUAAUUAAUUUGGUUUCAUUCGCCAAAUCUUGUUCAUCUGACACUUUUGUCCUGCAUGAGUCUUUUCUGUGCUUGUAAAUAUGUACGUAAUGAUCAAAUAAUUGUCAUAAAAAUAAAUAAGCAGCCACUGCUAAGUAUUAACUAGGGUUUUUUAAUAAUGAUUAAAGAGAUCAAGGGUUUCUAUGUAUUAACAAUCUGUAUUAUUUAUAAGGAGUGUUUGUGAUCCAGGGAUGACGGGACAAUCAUUUAUCCAUCGUUUAUUUAGAGCUGGUAAAGAUGGUCUCCCAGUUUGACCAGCUCCACCUGUGUUUUGUUUCUGGUAGUGAUGUUAAGCGUGAAGCUGAAUCUCUGAGGGAUAUGUGGCAAAUAAAACAACAUACUGUAUUCUGAAGCACAA